AUGGAGUCAAGAGGAAAGCGGCUUGUGUCCAUGUGCCACAAAAAUCAGGAAUAUGAAAUUCAUUCUUUUUCAAGUAGUCCAGUUCCUUCAAUACCAGAAGAAUUUAGAGUUUUUGACAGCCUGAAUACUGACGAUGAAUAUCUGCCUUCUGAUACAGAUUCUAACAACAGCGAUGCUCCCUUAUCUUUGCUAAAGCAAUCGGCGUUAACAAAAAUAAGAGAGAAGGUACAUUCACCAGUGCAAGAAGAAAACCCUGGAACUUAUAAAAUCAGGAAACAAAGAAAAUCCGUUAAAGGAAAGACCAGAUCGAAAAAACUAGAAAGGAAGCUGAAACGAAACCAUGGCGAAGUCACAGAGUCUGGAAAAUUGAAAAAGGCAAGAAUAUGUCAACCAUUAGACAGCUGUCGAAUGAAAUGUAGAGAGAAGUUUAAUGAAGAAAGAGAAAUUAUUUUUAAGGAAUAUUGGGGAAGUGGCUCCUAUGAAAAACAACUGUGUAGUCUCAAAGUAAGCUCCAACUGUUCUGGUAUUCACCAAGGUGAUAUUCGAGGAAAAAAUCCGCCAAAAAACAAAUACACUGAUGAUGACAUUAAAAAAGUUACAUACUUCAUUUUAAAAGUUCCUCUAUUAUAUCAAAGUCAUUACAGUAGACGAGACAGCAACAAAAAAUAUUUACCCCCAUAUUAUGCAAUUGCAAAACUGUAUAAUCAAUAUCUGAUCGAACCUGAUCGUAUUGCUAUUAGUCGUACCAAGUUUGAAGAAAUAUUUCAUACUAUGAAUAUUGGGAUUAAGAGACCAAGCAAAGAUACUUGCGGAAAAUGCGAUAAACUGAAAAUAAAAAUAAACUUAUCCAUUAGCCUGGAAGAAAAAGCAAAACUUCAAGAAGAGUUAAAUUUACACUUAAAAAAGGUUGAUGAUUAUUAUAAGUCGAAAUCAGAAGACAAGAUAUUAUCAAAAAACGACAGAUCAAAGAAAACCAUCACGUUUCAUCUUCAGCAAUGCCUUCCGACUCCUCAUCUUUCAUCUGGCAUAACAUUUUUAUUUGAGACAGUCAUGGACAUUUAAUUUAGCAGUCCAUGACUGUGAUGUGGAUCAGGCCCACUGCUUUAUGUGGCAUGAAGCUGUAGCAGGAAGAGGAGCAAAUCAAAUCGCAUCAUGCUUAUACCAGUUUCUUAAUAGCCUUCCGAAUCACGUUGAGGAGAUUACGCUGUAUUCAGACUCUUGUACGGGACAAAAUAAGAAUGCCCAUAUUGUUGCUAUGUAUUUCUGUAUACUGAAAUCCCAUCCAACACUCAAAGUUAUAAGGCACAAGUUUUUGGUACCAGGGCACACCCAUAUGGAGUGUGACGGAGACCACGCACUAAUUGAAAAAACAAAGAAGCGUACAGAAGCACCUAUUCACCAUCCUCGGGACUGGUAUCAACUGGUUCGAUGUACUGGAAAAAAACACCCUUUCAAAGUUCUCGAAAUGGACCAGUCGAAAUUUUUUGACUUCGCCAGACUAUUAAAAAAGGAAUUACAAAUUAAGAAAAAAGAUGAAGCGGGUAAUCCGUUUUAUUGGCGCAAUGUUCGGGAACUAAGAGUAGAUAAAAAUAACCUGGGUACGAUGUUUUUCAAGACAAGCAUACAUGAAAAUUUAAAGUGUUUCAUUUAGAAAGAGAGGACCUCUACCCAAAUUUGAUCUUCAACUUCAGUAUGCUGGCCCAGUUCCAAUUUCCGAGAAGAAAAAGGCUAACCUUCUGCAGCUAUUACCCUUUAUUUCUAAUGUAUUUUGGGAUUUUUACCAAACGCUGCCAACCAAUAAUGAGAACGAGACACACCCAGACCUAGUAUCUUCUGAUGACGAUGAUAAUAAUUAACAUAGUUCCGCAUUUUAUUGAUUUUAUCUUGUUAAAGGUAUUUUUUGUGUUAUUUUUUUACCUAG